AUGCUACGUGAAGUCAGCGUCACUCGGGAACUUAAUGUGUGGCUGGUCAAGCAGGUCAACAAGCUCCAGGCCCCGCUAUGUCAGGUCUUCGUGGAGCCGUUCUCAAAGCCUUGGGUCCUGCUCGCUGACCCUAUCGAAGCGUACGAUAUCAUGACCCGGCGACCGGAUUUUGACAGAUCGAAUUUCAUCACGGACGGGUUGAGUCCCAUGGACAACUUCCAUGCGCGAAUGAAGACAGGCCCCCAAUGGAGGACGACGCGAGCGUGGCUGCAGGAUCUGAUGAGCCCGACUUUUCUCAAUAACGUGGUUGGGCCCGUCAUGUUCGAUAAUACGAUGAAUCUCAUCAGAUUCUGGGAUACCAAGACAAGGCUCGCCAACGGUUCCGCGUUCGAUGUCAACGAUGACUUGGAUCAUAGUGCGCUGGAUGGGAUGUUGUCAUUCGUAUUCGAUCGCCAUUUCAAGCACACCGCACUCGGCCCACAAAUCGAGACACUGUCACGGAUAGCCCCAACCAGUUUGGCAGUAGGGCCCAGAGGGGAAGUGCGGUUUCCAAGGGCUCCAGUCCACGAGUUCAUCUCCGCGCUGUAUGAGACGGUCGACAAGAUCGAUGUUGUGACCAAAGCCAUGUCGCCCAAACUCGCGAUGUGGUUCAUUCGUCAGACACCCAGCUAUAAGAGAGUGACGGCUGUAAAGAGACAAGUUGUGAAGGAACAAAUCCAGGGAGCUCUUCAACGCCUUGAAGCUACGGACGAGCCAAGAACCGCAAUCGAGCACAUGCUGGUGCGUGAAAAGAAGGCCGCUGAGAAGCAGAACCGGAAGGCCGAUUUCGGACAAUUCAUAGCUGGUCUGCAUACGACCAGCACGACACUUGCCUGGACAUUCAUCUACCUCACGCGUCUUCAGCACGUGCAGAGUAAGCUGCGGGAUGCACUGCAUCAGGCAUGCAGCGAUGCGCAUGCGGAGAAGCGCGUCCCGACACUCGCAGAACUGACCGCGUCGCGCGUUCCCUAUCUUGAAGCCGUGCUGGAGGAAACUCUGAGACUCCACGCGACGAGUAUCGCCCGGCAGGCCAAGCGCGACACGGAAGUUCUUGGCCACCGCAUCCCCAAAGGAACGAAUGUUGUUAUGAUUGCCAACGGGCCAGGCUUUCACGCGCCAGCUUUCGAUGUGGAGAGUGCGCGUCGUAGUGCAACGGCCGUUAAGUCGAGAGGAUGGCGGGAGACGAGCGACAUGCGGGUUUUUGAUCCAGAGCGCUGGCUAAUCCACAAAGUGGGUGCUGCUGCUGCUGCUGGAGUUGAGUUCGACGCAAACGCGGUACCGCAGAUUGCUUUUGGCAUGGGCCCUCGCAGCUGCUGGGGGCGAAGAAUGGCGUAUCUGGAGCUGCGCUUAGUGGUCUGCUUGGUGGUCUGGAAUUUCGACUUGUUGGAUGUGUCUCCCGACUUGGCUGACCCGAAGGCUAGCUACGGUAUCGUCCAUCGGGCGGACCAGUGUCAUCUGCGAUUGAGAGGCAGAAGAACUCUGUGA